AUGCGCCCAUUCACCUCCCUCCCCCGCGGACUCCGCUCUCUUCAGUCCGCUUUCCCCCGCGCUACCAUCACCCGCGCCUCUCAAACACCCUCCCGGCCAUUCACUCAGCUCCUCCAUCGCCAAACACCAACACUCUACUCCCCAAAGGUCACUACACACCUCACAUCCACUAGGCUCAACUCUUCCUCAGCAAAGCCUUUAACCGACCGCUCCGCCGACGCAUCCACCGACGCCCAGAAUGAAGAACAGAACCGUCUCCGCCGCGAACAGGAGCCCGCAUACCAAAUCACAUUCACCUGCAAGCCAUGCGGAGAGCGUUCCUCACACCGCAUGUCCAAGCACGGAUACCACCGCGGUACGGUGCUGAUCAAGUGCCCGUCCUGCGAUGCUCGCCAUGUCAUAGCCGACCAUUUGAAUAUCUUCUUUGACAAGAAGAGUACCCUUGAGGAUAUCUUGGCCCGGCAGGGCGAUAAGUUGACUCGUGGGUAUGUGGAUGGCGACAUGGAAUUCUGGGAUGAUGGGAGUGUCAAUAAGAAGGAGGGUGGAGGUGAAGGAGAGGAGGGCAAGUCGGCUUAG